UUCAUCUGUUAAAUAUUACUUCAUUAUAAUGACUAAAUUCAUAUUGAUUUUUGUAUUUUUAUUCAUAGGGAUUGUUACAUUUGACAGUUGUCAAGGUCAAAGAGAUGCACCAAGGUAUUUCCAUAAUACCAACGCUACUAUUAAACACCCAACUACUCAUGAUGUGCAAACGAAGACUCACCACACCGCAACAACAACUGCAAGGCAUUACCAUGUGACCUCAACUCCAAGCCACACUACUAAAGCCGUACAAAAGAAAUGUUUAAAGAAAAUGAAACCAAACGAUUUGAUGAACUUAAUAUUUGGCUUGAUUCCUCGAAUAAAAACAAUUGAAUUCGCAGAAAACGAAAAUCUUCAAAAGCUUGCAGAACUUAUUGAAGAAUUAUUCAAACAUUAAAUGAAUGUAAAACACUCUUUUUUUAACGAAAAUACCAGUUAAAGCAAAAGUUUCUUAAUACACUAUCAAUUCAUCAUUCAA